UUGAAGGCAAUCCUGAGUCCAAUGUAAUCAUUCUGUAUAAAACUGUAUAAGAUAUAUGUUUGAAAGUGAAAAUGUACUGCCAAUGUAUUAUCACCACAUGCCCAUUUUUGAAAACAAAUUAUAGCAUUAAAAGGAAAUAAAGAUUAUUCCUUAUUCAUAUUAGGCCUGACUCCAACACUGGUAAUCAGACUGACUGUUAAAUAGCUCCACAAAUACUUUUCUUGUACUCAGUGGAAUUACUUAGGUGGACAAAUACUGCUGGGCCCUGGCAAAAGUGGGGGAACCUGGGGUUCUCUGAUUCAAAGGUUUAUUAUUAACAAAACCCUUAGUUGCUCAAGCCCCACAAAAUGGUUUCAAGUGAACCGUCACACCACUAGUCGGAGAAAGGCACACACGUGAUAAAGGAGCAUGAAACAGCUCACUGACGUGGUGAUACACAGCUGAUAAGGAAAACAAAAACCAACUCAAAAAAAUAAAACAGUUGAGUUUCAGUUGAAGCCAGAAGCAGCAUCUGGUCUCUUUUCUCUCCUAGAGUCAAGACAAUGUGUGCAACGAUGCUGAAGAUAUUUUCAAUUCUUGCCGUCCUCGCAGGCCACGUCGGCGGCGUUGUGGUGACUGUCCCUGAGAAGACAGUGAAUGUCACUACAGGUGGAAACGCCACCCUCCUCUGCACGUACACGAGUUCUGCACCGCUGGGAAACUUCUUCAUUCAGUGGAGCUUUUACAGUGCCAAAGAGAGCCAGCUGCACACUAUCUAUUAUUAUUCAGGAGGCCAGUCUUACUCCUAUGGAGCAUUUAAGAACAGGAUAACAGCUGCAACAGGUCCAGGGAAUGCAUCAAUAACAAUCUCCAACAUGCAGCCCUCAGACACUGGUUCCUACACCUGUGAAGUUUUCAGCCCUCAGGGCGAUGCUGGACAGAGUCAAAAAUCUGUGAUUGUCAAUGUGCUGGUCAAACCAUCAACACCUUUCUGCAAAGUAGAAGGAACACCUGAAAAAGGGCAUCUGAUCUACCUCCUGUGCAGAUGUGAAGAGGGAUUGCCUCAUCCCACCUACCGCUGGUACAAAGUCGAGGAGAACACCCUCAAGCCUGUGACUGAACAACUUAAUCCAAACACUGGCAUUCUUUACAUUGGCAAUCUCACCACCUUUGAAACUGGCUAUUACCGGUGCGUAGCCAGCAACGUCCUGGGGAACAGCUCCUGUGAGCUUGACCUAACAGCAAAACAUUCAGACAGUGCUAUUGUUGCUGGAGCAUUAAUUGGAGCGAUCCUGGCAGCUGCUAUCAUUUGCAUUAUCGUCUGGGUCUUAACCAAGAAGGCAAAAAAUAGGAAGUCUCCAAAUAAUGAGAUGCAAGAAAUGGCUCAGAAACAAUCCAAUGCAGACUAUGUUCAGGUACCUAAUGAAGAAAACAUUCCUGCGACCACAGUUCCAUCGAGCAAUGCAACAAUGGAAUACCCGAGUGUUGAUGAAACAACAGCCCCUGGAACACCUGAAAACAAUGAGAAGCAAGAAGCAGAAAAAGAAGAAACAGCCUAGAGUUUUAUUAGUUUUCCUUGUCACCUUUGGACCCCUUUAUACAAAAAAUGUUGUCAUUGAAUUAACAUAGAAGUGUGACUAAAUCUUAAAUGGGCAUUUGCAUUGUGAACCACUGGGCUAGAGAUUGAAAAGGGUCUGUUACAUGUGAAUAGCAGAAGAUUUGGCCUUUAAAGUUAACCAAAUUUCUUUUAUUAUCUAGUUAUAACUGUAGAAAAAUAUAAGCAUAAAAAGACUAUCAUCCACAUUCUCCAACCUAUUUUGCAAAACUAAUUAGGAAAUUGUCAAAGUAAGAGCUUUCCAGUCAACUAUCAGUCAUGCUGUGUGUAUCCACACAGUUCUGAACCACAGCAGUCUUCUCCAGAAACAGUGUUGGCCAACUUAUUCCCUGUGUACCAAGAACAAUCCUCAUGGUCAGUACAUUGCAGUGUUUAAAGGAACUGAUUCUGUAUGUCAGAAGUAAAAAGAAGUUACAUCAGUGUCAUCAGAUUGUAGAAACAGAUGUUGAGACCUGGGCCAAUGAAAUCUUGUGUGUCUGAAUUCUACUUAAAUUGAAAAAAACCCCAAACAAAUGAUCCUGGACACUUUUACCCUGUUGCUGCCUGACAUGGAAUACAUUUUGUUAACAGUGACAUUCUUGGCUCAAAGUUCCCAAGGCACCAGCAUUCCAGAGUUGUGUGUCUCAGCAGUUCCGGUCUUCAGUUUAAUAGAACUGGCAUUCAGGUACCCAAUUCAGACAUCAAAUGACUGUUUUCCA